UUCUGUGGAGCUGGGUCUGCUUUCACCUGGCAAGUAAGAAAAUGUAGAGGGAGGGAGGCAAGGAGAAGAAGGCCGGAGCGAGCGCUGGGCCGGGGGCCUCCGGGCAGGACCUCCCUCCCUGCGGCGCAGCCUCACCAUGUCCAAGAGGGGCUCCAGCAGCCGAGCCCGGGGGGAGAAGCCGGACGCCUUGGCUGCCUUGCAGGCUGCCAAUGAAGAGCUCAGGGCCAAGCUCACCGACAUCCAGAUAGAGCUGCAGCAGGAAAAGAGCAAGGUCAGCAAGUUGGAAAGGGAGAAAAACCAGGAGGUGAAGCAAAUCAAGGAGCACGAGCAGCAUAAAAGUACAGUGGUGGUGACAGAGCUCAAGGUCAAACUUCAUGAAGAGAAAAUGAAGGAGCUGCAAGCUGUUCGCGAGACGCUGCUGAGGCAGCACGAGUCUGAGCUGCUCAGAGUCAUCAAAAUCAAAGACAAUGAAAUCCAGAGGCUGCAGGCCCUGCUCAACUCGGUGCGCGAUGGGGCUCCCGACAAGGUCAAGACGGUGCUGCUCUCGGAGGCCAAGGAGGAGGCCAAGAGGGGCUUUGAGGUGGAGAAAAUCAAAAUGCAGCAGGAGAUUUCCGAGCUGAAGGGGGCUAAGAAACAAGUGGAAGAGGCUUUAACCAUGGUCAUCCAGGCUGACAAAAUCAAAGCAGCGGAGAUCAGGAGCGUGUACCACCUGCACCAGGAGGAGAUCAGCAGGAUCAAGAGGGAGUGUGAGAGGGAGAUCCGUAGGCUGAUGGAGGAGAUUAAGUUUAAAGACAGAGCAGUCUACGUGCUGGAGAGAGAGUUAGGGGUUCAAGCCGGGCAUGCUCAGAGACUGCAGCUCCAAAAGGAGGCUUUAGAUGAACAACUUUCCCAGAUCAAAGAGUCUGAUCGGCAUCUGAGCAGCCCCAAGCGGGAACUUCCUUAUCCAAGUGGUGCAGGAGACGCUUCAGAUCAUUCGGGAAGCCCCGAACAGCAGUUGGAUGAAAAGGACGCCAGGCGCUUCCAGCUGAAAAUCGCCGAGCUGAGCGCCAUCAUCAGGAAGCUGGAGGACAGGAACGCGCUGCUGUCCGAGGAGAGGAACGAGCUGCUCAAACGUCUCAGAGAAGCUGAGAGCCAGUACAAGCCCAUCCUGGACAAGAACAAACGCCUCAGCAGGAAGAAUGAAGAGCUGUCCCAUGCCUUGCGGCGGAUGGAGAAUAAACUCAAGUUUGUAACCCAAGAGAACCUUGCCAUGAGACAAAGAGCUGGAUCAAUCAGGAGACCAAGCUCUUUAAAUGACCUUGACCACAGCCAGGAAGAAAGAGAAGUUGACUUCCUGAGACUACAAGUUAUUGAACAGCAAAAUCUCAUUGAUGAGCUCUCCAAGACCCUGGAAACUGCUGGCUAUGUGAAGAGUGUCAUGGAACGUGACAAACUGCUGAGGUAUAGGAAGCAGAGGAAGAAAAUGACAAGGAUCCCCAAGAAGCCGGUGGUGGAGACGUUCUUCGGCUACGACGAAGAAGCUUCCCUGGAGUCUGAUGGCUCCUCCAUCUCAUACCAAACUGACAGGACAGAUCAAACCCCUUGCACUCCUGAAGAUGACCUGGAAGAGGGCAUGGCCAAGGAAGAGACGGAGCUGCGCUUCCGGCAGCUGACGAUGGAGUACCAGGCCCUGCAGCGAGCCUACGCCCUAUUGCAAGAACAGGUCGGAGGAACAUUGGAUGCAGAACGAGAAGUUAAGACACGUGAGCAGCUCCAAGCAGAGAUACACCGGUCACAGGCUCAGAUAGAAGACCUGGAGAAGGCUUUGGCUGAGCAGGGGCAGGACAUGAAGUGGAUUGAGGAGAAGCAAGCACUGUACAGAAGAAACCAAGAGCUGGUAGAAAAGAUAAAGCAGAUGGAAGCUGAGGAAGCUCGCCUGAAACAUGAUGUCCAGGAUGUGAAGGAUCAAAAUGAGCUCCUGGAGUUCAGGAUCCUGGAGCUUGAAGAGAGAGAGCGACGGUCGCCUGCCAUCAACUUCCACCACGGUCCUUUCACGGAGGGGAAAAGCCCUCUGCAAGUCUACUGCGAGGCAGAAGGUGUAACAGACAUAGUAGUAGCAGAGCUGAUGAAAAAGUUGGACAUUUUAGGGGAUAACGCCGUAAGUAACCUGACCAAUGAAGAGCAAGUGGUUGUCAUCCAAGCAAGGACAGUCCUCACCUUGGCUGAAAAGUGGCUCCAGCAGAUCGAAGUGACCGAGUCUGCACUGCAGCAGAAGAUGCUGGACCUGGAGAAUGAAAAGGAGCUGUUCAGCAAGCAGAAGGGCUACCUGGAUGAGGAGCUGGACUUCAGGAAGCAGUCCUUGGACAAAGCACACAAGCAAAUUCUGGAAUUAGAAGCCAUGCUCUAUGAUGCCCUGCAGCAAGAAGCUGGAGCCAAAAUUUCCGACCUUCUUUCAGAAGAGGAGAAAGAGAAGCUGAAGAGUGCUGUAGAGCAAUGGAAGAGGCAGGUCAUGAGCGAGCUCCGAGAGAGGGACGCCCAAAUCCUGCGGGAAAGGAUGGAGCUCAUCCAGCACGCGCAGCAGAGAAUUAAAGAGCUAGAAGAAAGAAUUGAAGGCCAAAAAAGACAAAUAAAAGAGUUAGAGGAAAAGCUUUCAUUCUUUGGUCAUAGCCCUUCAGGCCACAUGCAAAAGCCUUCUGAGGAAGCUACAAAGGCUUCGACUGCUGCUGACGAGAAGACAGCAUUGACUACCCAGCCAGAAAAAGAGACUUUGCCACCUCAGAACUCCCAAAUCUCUCUCUUAUUUUGCUCCUGGCAAUGGCAGGUGCAAUCUCUGUGGCCCUUUCAGACUGAAGCUGAACUGGGCUAGGUGGCAGGUUCUGCCUGGGUGACAUCCAAGCUGCUGGCACCUCAGUCUGAGGCCUUUGAAAAGCCUACGCUAACCACGAAGAAGAAGAAGAAAGCCAAAAACCCUUUCCCUCUCCUACAGCCACAGGCUCCUUCCUGGGAUCCUGGCUCUGCUGCUGGAAGUAGCUCAGCUCUGCCUCAGGAGCUAUACCUUCAUUCAGAUCAACUGAAUAGAUUUUGGUUCCCUGCUAAGCAGGCAGUCAACUGCUUCUCUGUAGAAGUGACCAUGUCCUGGUUUGUGUGUCACGCAUUGGUGUUUGUUGUUCACAGCUACUUCAGCAUCUGUCUUGGAAGAAGAUGAUGAUUUGGGGAAGAGUUCCAGGGGAGCAACUCAUGGAAAGAUUGAUGUGAGUGAAGGUGAAGUUGAUUGUCCCAAGGUAUUUCCUCACAGCCCAGGGUAUGUCCCAUGGUUUGUGGGUUUCACCACUUGAGCUUGGAGAACAUAGAAUCAUAGAAUUGUUUGGGUUGCAGAAGACCUCUAAGAUCAUCGAGUCCAACCACCAACACAACAGCACCAUGGCCAUUAAACCAUGUCCCAAAGUGCCAUGGCCACACAUUUCAUUGAACACCUUCACGGAGCUGUGAAGGACAUGAAGACUAUGAAGGACAUGG